CCCCUGUGCACUUGGUACAGGAGAUUGUUGGUACACGGAAGGAAGCCUCCUUGGGGCAUAUCAAGAGCCCCAGGAGGCUUCCUUCCCUGUACCAACAAUCUCCUGUACAGGGGCUGCCUUUCCCUCCCUCCCUCUCUCUGUGCUGUGCCUUUAACAUCGGCACACAGAAGUGUGGCAGGUGCGGCUUUCCCCAUCAUUUGUUCUCUGUGCCAGAAAAGCUCCAUCUACUUAACACCUCUGUGACCAGCUGCCCUUAAAGGGAAAGGAGCCUGGGGAGGAACCACAAGCAAUCCUAGACCCCAACACUUUAUCCAGCCUCCAAGCUGCAGACAUCUAGCCCCCACAGAGACUUGUGACUUCCAAACUCCUCCCUGGGCCUCAGGCCGCUUGCCUCCUACGUGCCACUCCCAGGUCCAUCGAGCAAGGCUUGGAUAGAGCCUCAGCGACCCUUGACCCUUCCAAGUUUUCAGCCAAGCCAGAUCUUCCAGCACCAGAAGCAGCAACUCUUGGCAUUCCCACAUAUCUGAGAGGCUAGGGGGAAACCAAACAAGGUAAUUCUGUUUCGUUUUACAUGUUAUGCAGGCUUUAGACCCCAUUCUUUUAGGAAAUCCUUACUCUGUUCAAACAGCACAAAUGUUCCCACUGGCGCUAUAGAUCUCUUAGAGGAGGCACCGUUCCUUAGAAAUAACACCUCCACCUCCAGAAAGUUCCCCAGAAUAGUCUGUGGCUCCUCAGCUCCCCAAAACAAACAGCUUCACCUACAUCUUCUUAGGGACCCUUUUGUGUGCUGACCUUUAACUCCUGCUGUGGGACCUAUUUAUAAGCUAGAUGUGGCUUACAUUAUGUAUUUGAAUAGCAUGCUUGGGACUGGCCAUGUCUCUUUCUAUGCAAAAUGCACCCUUGCAGGAGGUGAUGGUGCAGAUCUCAAUCAGGACAAUGAGGAGGGAGGGGGACUAACCUUCCCUCCCCACUUUCCAUUUCCCUUCUGAAACUUGCUCUGUCAAGCUGUGUGCUACUUGCCUUGAUUUAAAAUAGACAGACUUUUCAGUAGAGUGAUCAGAUGCUAUAGAAUGCAGGGCUCUUAUUAUUUGCAUUCAAGAGAGUUUUCAGCAGGUGUGGUUUGUUAUGUCCUAGUUUGCAGGGGUGAGAAAAGCAGCACCUUGCAGAAUGUACAGUUUUGUGGCUUCUGAAGACGGCUUAAAAGUUGAAAGACAUACUGCACUGUACACUACAAUACACUUUUUAUUUUUGAGCAUCAAGUUGAGACUUUGCCUUCUCCCUCCUGUCAGGUGCCUGAAAACAACCUUCAAGUUUGUCCCCCUGCCCUCACCGCCUUUUUUCGCAGUCUCAAGCAGGCAGCAAGAACAAGAGGCCCCUCUUGAUGGACCAGAGGACAUGGAGGUUUCUUCUGGCUGGAGCGUGGAUGACCCUGCUCUCCCUGCAGGGCAUAUCUAGUCUGUCACCAGCUGAUCCUCUGGACUUGGUGGCUGGUAGUGCUGCCUGGGCCCUGCCGGAAGAUGCCACCCAAGAGCAGGGUUACUACCUGCAACAGCUCUUUGGGCAGUAUGGUGAGAAUGGCACCCUGUCCUUUGAGGGCUUGACGCGCCUGUUGCUUAGCCUGGGGCUCGGGAAGGUGCAGGUGGUAGAGAUUGAGCACGAGGCGCUUGGCCAUGGCCACGUCUCCCAUCUAGACAUCUUGGAGGUCCAAGAUAACAAGCACUUGCACUCCCACUCAGCAGAGGAGCACCUUGGCAAGUCUCAAGCAGAGAGCAUCACGACCACCAGGCCUCGAGACUCUCAGCUGGGCCAUACAAUCCCAGCAUCUGUACUUCCUACACUCCCUGGGGUCAACCAUGUCACCAAGCCCAACGUUUGGCCAGCACCACCACGGCUAGCUGGAAAGGCUGCAGACUCUUCUCUGCCUUCCCGUGGAGAUUCCAGCCUAAGCCUUCUAGAGAGAGUGAUUGCCCUGGAUCACUCUGUCUACAACCACCUGCACGAGGAUUGUCUCAAUGUAUCACAGCUGCUAGUAAAUUUUGGCUUGAACGCUGUCUCCAAGAUUACCCCAGAGCAGUUCACCCUGCUGUGCCCAGCUUUGCUCUACCAGAUCGACAGCCGUGUCUGCAUCCAGCACUAUGAUGAGGUGGCUUUUGGCGUGGCGGGAAGCUCUCUCUGGACUGGCCUGGGCUGGGGAUUUGCGGCCGUCACCCUGACCAGCUUGCCUUCUCUGCUGGCCAUUGUCCUCGUCCCUCUCCUCAGCCGCAAGUUCUUCCACUUCCUGCUUACUUUCCUGGUGGCAUUGGCUGUGGGGACGCUGUGCGGGGACGCAUUGCUGCAUCUCUGGCCACAUGCACAGGAACAGUCCCACAGACUACUGGCACCGAAUGAACAGCCCACGGUAGAGGAUGCAGUACUGAAAGGCCUGUGUUUGAUGGGGGGCAUUUACCUCCUCUUCCUCAUUGAAAAUCUCAUGGGAACCCUCAGACGAAUUCCGGCAAAGAGGAAGAGCACUGGGAAGCAACCUGAGGAGUCUCCUGCUAAGACAGAAGAGAGUAGUGGCAUCGGUUUAAGGGCGACAUCUCACCGUGCUGAAUCUCAGAGUCUGACAGUGCCUGAAGGAGAAGCUGGGACUCUUUACAAUGAAGUCCGGGACUGCUCUAUCCAGAUUCGCAGCUUGGAGGACUAUGAAGCGAGCUCAGAAAUGCAGUCAGAAGACCUUCACCACCAUGGCCAUUCCCACAGCCCAGCUGACAGCCUCCAUGCUGGGAUAGCUGACAUAGCUUGGAUGGUUAUUCUAGGGGAUGGGAUACACAAUUUCACAGAUGGGCUGGCCAUUGGGGCUGCCUUCUCUGAUGGACUCUCUGGUGGUUUAAGCACUACUGUGGCUGUAUUCUGCCAUGAACUGCCCCACGAACUUGGAGAUUGUGCGGUCCUGCUGCAGGCCGGCAUGCCACUCCGGCGAGUGCUGCUUUUUAACCUGCUGUCUGCGUUCCUGGCCUUCUGGGGCACCAUGGUGGGGACAAUCAUCGGUCAGAGCUCCUCACAAGUCACCCCCUGGGUCUUUGCCAUUACAGCUGGCAUUUUUCUGUAUGUGGCUCUUGUGGAUAUGCUGCCAGAGAUGCUACAGAGAAGUCCCAGCAAAGGCAAAAAGGGCUCCCUCAUCCGCUUCAUCCUCCAGAACUUGGGCUUCCUUCUUGGGGGAGCCCUCAUGCUCUGCAUUGCCCUCUUUGAAGGACAGAUGAGUUUCCAUGUGGAUGGAUAGCACUCCUCAGCCUGUGACUCUCUACUGCAAGAUGGAAUGAAAACCUGACCCUCUCCCUAGCCUCCUUCCUAUAGCUUUAUGUGGGGCUAUAGAAUUACACCAUGUUAGCAUCUAAAUGAAUUGAGGGGAAAGAACUCAAGAGGAAGAGCAGAAGCACCAGCUAAGCACCAUUUUGAUUUCCACUUCCCCUGCACCUUGUGUGUAUAGUUGGCAACAGUAAUGUGCCAAACUGAGAAUAUCCAUAUCUCACCCAGCUCCUGUGCCUCCAUGUAAAAGGAGGAAGGUUAUAACUGACUUUCAGUAACUGAAGUGCAUAUUGAAAAACUAUCUGAACGGUAAAGGUGGAGACACCACACAUUACUUGAGAGAGACUGAAUGUAUUUGACAUGUGAUGCCUCAGAAUGCAAUGCACGGAGAAAUUUUAUUUAAGGAUUGCAAAUGUUUUAAGGGAGCAGCACACAUCUCAUACAGGUUGCUGGUUCCUGUUCACUCCAGUUAAAAGGAUGCUUUCAACAGAAGCUACUCUGAGUUGGGGGUUCUGGGGAAAAAUACAAAGGUAUGAUGAACUGAGUUGCAAGCAUGGCUACAUUCUGCAAGCUGGCCGUGUUAUGAAUUCCACAUUAAAAGUUACAUGUCAUGU